AUGCUUAUAGCUUUGUUCACAGCAAAUUUGAUUGGUAUAAGCGUUGCUCGAUCGUUGCAUUAUCAGUUUUAUAGUUGGUAUUUUUAUACACUGCCUUAUUUGUUGUUUGUCGGUUUACCUUUCAACAAUGAUUGGUUCUUCACGACGGACGUAGUAGCAGCUAGAUUUAAAUCAAAUGUGACUCAAAUUCAAAAAUCCACUGGUGCUAUAUCACCAUUUUCGAUAGUCUUACGGAUGGCAUCUUGGCCUUCUUGUUCUCGUACAAUUUUGCCUUUGUUGCAUAAUUUGCCAAUAAAUCCAAGGAAGUGUUUCGGUCAGAUAUUUCUUAAAAAGAAAAUAAUUGAUAAGCAUUUCUUAUGUACCACCGCGGAAGGUACCAUAAUUUUCGAUCGCGAAGCAAAGAGAAUCCAACGUAACAGAGCUUCUCAACUGGAUGAUUAUAAUGUUUGUCAGUAUGUUAAAGAUGAAAUAGCGUAUCGUGUAGCAGAUAAAGUAUUCGACUUGACCAAAUUCAAUGAUAUCUGCAUUGAUAUCGGAUGCGGUAGUGGCCAUAUUGCGAUGAAUUUGAUUAAGGAAAAUGUGGGUGUCAUCAUUCAAUGUGAUAUAAGCGCGGGACUAAUACGACAAAGUAAAAGUGUGGUCGAUUCUGAAGUUCCUGUUUUGAGUAUCAUUGCAGACGAAUCAAUGGCACCUUUCCGGAAAAAAUCAGCUGAUUUGAUAGUGUCCAGCCUUAGUGCCCAUUGGAUUAAUGAUCUCGCUAAAUGGUUUUCGCGUUGUUUAUCAAUUCUUCGUCCUGAUUGUCCUUUAAUUGGCGCUAUGCUAGCCAACGAUACACUACACGAACUUCGAAUAGCUUUACAGUUAGCUGAAAUGGAGAGGUUGGGUGGUAUUGGUUUGCAUAUUUCACCAUUUGUUCGGGCAGAUGAUAUCGGUUCACUGAUGAGUCAGGCUGGUUUUGGAAUGAUUACAAUAGACACCGAUGAGCUUACGGUCGGUUAUCCGAGCAUCUUUGCUCUGCUUUAUGAUUUACAAGGUAUGGGUGAGUCAAAUGCAUUACGAAAUAGAUCAACACACAUUAGGAGAGAUAUUCUGAUAGCCGCUGAUGCUAUUUAUAGGUCAAUGUUUUCUCGCGAUGAUGCUCCAUAUCCGGCAACAUUCCAGAUUGUUUCAUUUAUUGGUUGGCGUCCCGGCCCGUUAAUGCCGAAACCAGCAAAACGUGGGUCACAACAAGCAUCAUUCAAAGAUAUUGGCAAAAUUAUCGAAGGAAAGAUGCCUUUUCCAGGAGAGAAUUGUCCAAAAUAG